UUUUUUCGUUUGAUGAUAUGCCAUCAUCAUCAUCAUUUUCAUUUUAGUGUUUUUAUAAAAAUUUUUUGCUUUCUUUAACUUAGUUAUUCUUUGUUUUGAUGAUUAAUAAUGGAAUUUCCAAGAUCUGAAACACAAGAAAAUCUGGUCGAAUUUGGCCAACAAAAUGAACAGAAUGAUAAUGAACAAAAUGGAUCAUGUUUUGGAAAUAUUUGCCAUCCAUCCAAACGAACGCAUAGAUAUUUUGUAUUGAUAUUUAUGUGUUUUUUGGGUUUCGGAAGUUAUUAUUGUUAUGAUAAUCCUGGAGCAUUACAACAACAAAUCAUUACUGAUAUGAAAAUCGAUGUUAGUUCAUUUUCACAAUUAUAUUCAUGGUAUUCAUGGCCACAAACUAUAUUAUGUUUUUUUGGUGGUUUUCUUAUUGAUCGUGUUUUUGGUAUACGUCUUGGAGCGAUUAUAUUUGCGGCGAUUAUUUUUCUGGGACAAUUAACUUUUGCUGCUGGUGCUUUAACUAAUCAUUUUUGGUUAAUGAAUUUUGGUCGUUUUAUAUUUGGUAUUGGAGGCGAAUCAUUAGCAGUGGCACAAAAUACUUAUGCUGUCAGUUGGUUUAAAGAUAAAGAAUUAAAUAUGGUUUUUGGUUUACAAUUAAGUAUUGCUCGGGCUGGUAGUUCAGCCAAUUUUGUUACAAUGGUUUCCAUUUAUGAAUUUGUUAAUGAACAUUUUCAAGGAUAUAAAUGUCUUGGUUUAGCAUUAUUGAUUGCAUCCACAACAUGUCUUUUUUCAUUAAUAUGUGCACUUAUUCUUGCUUAUUUUGAUAAAAGAGCAAGUAGAAUUUUGGAAAAAGAUGCUAUUGCCGAUGAAAAAGUUAAUAUAACCGAUGCUAAAACAUUUCCAUUAUCAUUUUGGUUGAUAGCAUUUAUUUGUGUUUCAUAUUAUGUUACAAUUUUUCCAUUCACAGCACUUGGAAGUUUAUUUUUUCAAAGAAAAUUUGAAAUUGGCCAAAAAGAAGCAAAUUUUUAUGAUGCACUUAUUUAUACAAUAUCAACAGUUGCAUCACCAAUACUUGGAAUAAUGGUCGAUUGGAGUGGAAGAAAUUUAUUCUGGGUAUUAUCAGCAACAUUGAUUACAUUAUUAGCACAUGGAAUGUUAGCCUUUACAUUUAUUCAUCCAUUAAUUGCAAUGAUAAUAAUGGGUAUUGGUUAUUCAGUAUUAGCAUGUGCAUUAUGGCCAAUGAUUGCAUUGGUUAUACCGCAAAGACAACUUGGUACUGCAUAUGGUAUUAUGCAAUCGGUACAAAAUCUUGGUCUUGGUUGUGUUGUACUUGCUGCCGGUUAUAUUGUCGAUUCAAGAGGUUAUAUUAGUUUGGAACUUUUCUUUCUAUCAUGGUUAUGUUUAUGUCUUUUCAUUGUUAUUUUAUUAUAUAUGGAUGAUAAACGUAAAACAAAUGGAAUGCUUAACAUGUCAUCAGAACAACGUAAAACUUAUAUGGAACAAAAUCGAUUAGAAAAUUUGAUCGAUUCCGAAUCAUCGAAUCAAGAAAAAAAAGAUGACUAAAUUUGAUUUUG